AUGCUUCUUCUGCCCGUGUCCUGCAUCGCAUCUCUCCCGCCGGAGAUCCUCGCGCUGGUGUUCGAAACCGCGGUCGGAGAUCACGCAAGAUGCAGCCUUCCAGUCGGGCUAUCUGCCGUCUGCUGGCGCUGGAGAAUCGUCGCGCUUUCUACCCCGAGGAUCUGGAACACGAUCUUCAUAUCCCGACCCUUUCACAUCGUCCGCGCGAUGCAUUUCCUCCCGCGAUCUCAAUCCCUCCCGUUCCAUCUGCACCUUGAUACGCGCUCUUGGGGCGCGAAAAUCGAGAUAUCUGAUACAUUGCGUUUCCUCGAAGAAGAUAUGCAUCGCUGCAAUUCGAUGACUCUGCAUCUCACGGACGGACAACUCCAAAAAUGGAAUAGCACUCCAUUCGGCUUGUCCCGCUUGCAGAAUGCGGACCUCCGAAUUCAUUCGUAUGCGCCGGACGAGCUCUGGGGACCCCCGCAUUCCUUGGAUCUGUUUUUAGAAUCUCUCCCGCGUGUCAGCUAUCUCCGGCUCUCGACGAGCUUGCCCGUCGCCGCAGCCUCCUGUCUGCUGCAUCUGAGAACCCUGGAUGUCAAUUGCGCAUGGGCGCGCACAUCGCCUGGUGGAUCUGCACCCUCGCUCUUCCGCCAGCUCGAGCAGUACGCGCCGGGCAUCGAGGAGCUGAUUCUUCGUGGCUACUCUGGGUAUAAUGAUUUCCCGUUGACGGCCCUGGAUGUCCGCCGCCGCAGUACACUGCCCUGUCUCAAGUCUCUCGUCCUAAAUUUCCGCGACGCCUUCCUGCUGGACGGGGUCAUCAUCCUCGCACAGACUCUCCUCGCGCCCACGCUGCGCCAGCUGCUUAUUCGGCUUCCCUCGGCCGACGACGACAUGUACCCGAGAUCUGGGUCCCUCCUCUGGCGUGCGCUGCUUGUGGAGUUUGCCGCCGCUAGUGUCGCCCAUUUUCUCGAGGAUCAGGAGGGCCUCGGGACCAGCUCGUUUCCCGGGCUACGGGGAUUUUUCAUAGCCGGAGACAUGGGUGUGCAGGUUGAUUUGUGCAUCGGCCGACGGGCGCCAGACGUCCAGCCGCUGCUCGAAGACGGUCAUGCGAAAAUGGACUGGUUCCUGGAUUCUGAACGACUGGACGCGGAUGUCAGCGGGGACAUCAAGGACGAGGUGUUCGACACCCGUCUGCGACAUCGAUGCUCCGAUUUCUGUCUUAUUCCAGGGCACAAUUCGAGUCCGUGGGCGUAA